UGCUGAUUGAUCAUUUAUGUUAUUCAAUUUAAGUUAUAGGCAUUUCCUUAAGUCCACAGAUCAAUUAUAAGUGAAUUUUGAUUUUUUAAUUAUGUCAUUAAACGAUUUACCUGAUAUUUGUCUUUGGAAGAUCUUUGAAAAUAUCGAUGAGGCCAAAGAUUUGAUUCGAUUGUCUAAAGUUUGUUCGAGAUGGUCCGAUUUAAUUAAGCCGAGAUUUAAUCGAGUAAAAUAUCUUCAUUUGAUGGAUGAUGCGGUUGAUUAUAUUGAUGCGAACAGUUUGUGGAUUAAUCCUAAAACGAAUUGGAAUUAUUACAAUUUAUUCAAAUUGUUUCCAAAUAUUAAGAUUAUAGAUUCUUCGGCCUUUGAUUAUCAUUCAUCCUUCGAUUUACCAGAAAUUGUCAAAAUAAUCCACAAAUAA